AUGUCACCACCGAUCCUCCCCGCCCCAAACUCUCCAAACUACAAAACUGUCAACAUCCAACCAGAGCUCAACCUCCACUAUCUCUCCUCCUCCCCCAGUCCCCCACCAUGUCCAACCCUUAUUAUCGCCGUCCACUCCCAGACUAUUUUAUAUCCUCCCCCUCUCGUCGCCCUCGUCUAUCCACUCCAUCAAAUCCUCCUCCGUCUGCGUGGUCCUCCCCGGCUUCCACCUCCAAACGCGAACCCCAUCCGCGUCGUCUGUAUCUCCGACACCCACACCCUCGAGUGGCCCGAAGUACCAGAUGGCGACCUCCUAAUUCACGCCGGCGAUCUCGCCAACGACGGCUCCGUGCGCGAAAUUCAAGCUGCAGUAGACUGGCUGCGCUCGCUGCCCCAUCCCCAAAAAGUCGUCAUCUGCGGGAACCACGAUAGCUACUUCGAUGUCCGCUCGCGCUGUGAAGAGGACCGCGAUGAGCAGUCCUCUGCCUCAUCAUUCGCCGCGGUCUCCGCGUCGACGGCGUCUAUCCACUCCCUCGAGGAAAUCACCGCGCCGUCGCGCAUCGACUGGGGCGAUAUUCACUACCUCCAACAUUCCGCCGUGACACUCUCCUUCCCUGCUUCCACAGACGCAUCCUCCGUCUCAUCGACAACUCCACUUACAAGCUCGCGCCCUCGAGAACUAACCAUCUACGGCGCUCCCCAAAUCCCAGCCCUAAUGGCCUUAGGCCCCGAACACGCCUUCACAUACCCUCCACACCACGACGCCUGGUCCCGCACCGUCCCCUUAGACACAGACAUCCUCGUCACCCAUACACCCCCACAAGCACACCUCGACAUGUCCCCCCCCUGGCGCGUACGGCCUGCCCUCCACGUCUUCGGACACAUCCACAACUCUGCCGGUCGCGAGCCCAUCUUCUGGGACGAAGCGCAGCUCGCGUGGGAGCGGCUGUGUGCGUCUAGACGACCCCGUGCGAAGUAUACGCGCUUCGUCUCGUUGGCGGGCUUUUUGCGGGAUUUGUUUGAUUUGUCCGGGUGGGCUGAUGCGGCGCGGGUUGUGUUUUAUGGGGUUAUGGGGGUGGUGUGGUCGAGGGUUUGGGGUGGGGAGACGCAUGGGGGUGGGUGGAUGGUUAAUGCGGCGUUAUUCUCCCCCCACAUCUCCGACACAGAGCUCCUCGACCUGGGAAUCCAACUUCACCAUCUGGAUAUAGAAACCGGCAAAACCUCACCUCGCGCCAUCCCCUACUUUCUCCCAAGAACCGAUUUCCCCAAUUUCUUCCCCGAUACAUCAAAUGGCUGCAAGAAAAGUCUCAUGCUUAAUUCCGUUUGGAGAACAGCAGAACGAGAGGCAGCUGACCCGGAAUCGAGCAACAUGAUUCACGACGGCAGAUUUACGUUUCUCCCAUUCACCCUGGAGCCGACGUACGAGAUCUACUCGUUUGAAACGGGUCAGGAUCUCCAAGGAGAUUCUCGCCAUCACUCUUCCACGAUGUGUGUACAUGGAUGGGUUUGGGACCAUGAAAGGGAUGCCAAAAUUGACGCUGCGACGUGGACGAGACGCUUCUGUCCUUCCAAAAAUUGUCUCCACGAAAUCGGAUUCGCCGUGUUGAACGAUACCAAGGAAGAGCCCUUCGCGGAUAGUCAGUGCCACGCAUGGGGUACAGCAAGUAUCCAUGAGUGCGGUACGGGUUCCCGGCCUUCGAGAGAUGAGCUUGGGGCCUUGGUGUGUACUAUGUUGGAAACUAUGGUUUGCGAGAAGCCGUUCAGCGAUGACGAGAGACCACGAAAGUACGACCGUGUUUUCCCGACACUGCUUGUGGUAUUUGAUAACUCAGGGCACACUCGCGUGCUGAGUGGAUACUUUGAUGGGAAACUCCACGUUCAGUUCUCUCGGAUUUUGGAUUUCUCGGAGUACGCCAAGGUACCGCCUAAGGGAACGCCAUAUCUUGAGAGUACCGAUAAAGAGAAGUUUUACGAGAUGAUGAAUUUGUUGCUGAAAUGGGCUUGGCCACUUACAUUUGGGAUUACGAAUAAGGAACAAUAUAUUCCGGUGUUAGUGGGUCCUUGGCGGGAUGAUCAUGAAGAUACGAUUACGUCGGAUGAGAGAGACGAUGAAAGCGAUGAGGAUAGUGAUGAGGAUAGUGAUGAGGAUAGUGAUGAGGAUAGUGAUGAGGAUAGUGAUGAGGAUAGUGAUGAGGAUAGUGAUGAGGAUAGUGAUGAGGAUAGUGAUGAGGAUAGCGACGAGGAUAGCGACGAGGAUAGCGAUGAAGACAGUGAUGAAGACAGCGAUGAAGACAGCGAUGAAGACAGCGAUGCAGACAGUGAUGAAGGCGACGAGGAAAGUGACGACAAUGAUUGGGUAAAGGUUUGA